UCCAAUAUGGCGACGACGUUGACGUGCGAUCCAAAGGCCAAUGCGGCGUCUAUAUCUUUUACAGUCUCUAUAUAUGUCUAUGGGUGUGACAACCGCCAAUAAAAAAACAAAGUUGUUUCAUCAGUGGACCCCCCACUCCAGUCCCGAAGGUGGCGGUAAUGGACCACAAGUUGUUUUUAAAACUGCCAUUAAAUACAAGAAGAAGAACCGGUUGUUUUAUAAAACAACUAUGCACAGUGCAUUUAAAAUGGUUGCCGUUUAAAUUAGUUAACUGUUAUUUCGUUUAUAUUCAGGGAGCUUGAAUUAGGUGAUUAACUAGUUCUGAACUACUCCACUAAACUCAUGUAUGAUCAGUGCUGUUCAGAAAGUGCGAUUAACAGAUUGAUAAUUUAAACUAGUUUUACUGUUUUGUAAAAUGAUUGUUAGAUGCCAGGCUAGAUAACAGCAAGCACACUGACCCAACUUGCUACUUUUUAUUUUAAUUGCACUUAUCCAGCUUGCGUUCCAUGACUGCGCUACAGUAUGGUCUCUGGUCAUACGCAGCUCAUAUGCUCGGUGUUGUCUCUUCGAGAUUCUUGUGUUUUGUAUCCCUCCUGUCCACAGUGCGUUUCCAGGUUGCAAAAGAAGCAUCCGGAACUAAGAUGCAGCUGCCAAAAGUGUGGUUUCGCCUGUAUGGAGGAAAACAUCAGUUACAGAUACCGGUUGUCACUCAAUGUGAAAAGAUACAAUGAUAUUUUUGGAGUGACAGUUUUCGGUAGCUGUCUAAAUCCAUACUUUGGUAUUCCUGCUGUUGGUCUUCAGAGGUUUUAUGAUGAUGCACUGAGAACUGCAGAAGAUCCACAUGGUGACUGUGUACGUAGACUGUUACUCAAGGCAGUGGAAGACUGCUUUGUUGGGCGACAGUUUGAGUUUGGAAUUAAGCUAACUGGACAUAAAACAGGGGAGAGAUCCUUGUUUAAUGAGCAAGGGCUCCCUGAAUUGUUUGCCAGCAACAGAAUCUCUGGAGAAUUUGUUGCUAGUCGGAUCACCUUGCCGAAUGGAGCUGCUGGAGGAAGCUCCGUUCUCAGCUACUUCAAGAAACUGCUGCAGGCGUCAUGUGUUGUUCUUGACUGUGGUUUGCCGAACCCUGAGAGGCCUUCAGUCUCCCUAGAACACACUGACUCCCUGGCACCGAAAAGCUUUGAUUGCUCAUUGGCCUCCUUCAGCGGAUCAUCUUCAUGGCACAGCUACGAUGUGCACUACUUUCCCAAGUACUGGAAAAGAUCACCUGGGAUAAUCAAUUCUUCAGCAGAGCAGGAAGAGCACUCUUACUCGAUGCAACAAAAUGGAACUGAUGUUGGUUCGCAGUGGUGGUGCAGAAAAUCUCAUAAAUGUUCUCCUGGUGCCCCCUCUUAUGUCUUGUCCCCUCAGAACUGCUCACUGGAUGUAAAGGGGGAAGAGAAUUAUAAUGACUGUUCCCAAGGAAGCGGAAUGGGUGACUCUAGAGAAACUGCUGAGUCCUCACCCCCAAAUAGCUUCCAGCGCAGUCACUUCUCAUUGCCUGAUACUCUUGAACUAACAUCAUCCAUCACUGAAUCUGAGAAACACAAGUCUCCACACCCUGGCAAGGUUGAACAAGUUGAACUUGGACAAAAUGAACAUCUGGGUUUAAAACUUAGGUGGAGAGGUGUGUUUUCUCUGGGAAAAGAUGACAUGUCUUCUUUCCAAGAAGGAUUAUCAGUUUGCGGGUGGAACAGCAAGUUAUCAAAUUCUUCAGCUUGGGCGGAUCUCCCUUUCUCUGAAAGCUGGGGAGAAUUUAUCAGUGAAGCUAACAGGCCCUCUGAGGUAUCUCAAGAGAACAAGGCAUGUGAUUCAGCCAAGAAAAUAGAGGCAAAGUUAAGUGAAGCAGGCUGCGUUGAUAAAAUACACAGCUGUGCAAAUUUCCAUCUAGCUAAUGCCAGCAGUGCCACUGAGCAUUCAUGCAAUUUCAUAAUCUUAUCAGGAGGAAUCACUUCAUAUCUUUGUAGUGCCCAGGUCAGAGAGCAAGACUCUGUGGCUGUGGUGCAGCAGCCUUUCAUAAAAUCUCCUGGGGUGUGUUGCACAGAAAACAGCAACUUAUCUGCAAAUGACCCUGAUGUAAAAUACAACAAUGUGUUCAGAGCUCACAUAUCUACCUCAGAUCAUCUUGGUUAUGCCUCAGAAGAUCAGGAGAUAGGAAAGGGGGACCUGAGCCGCUCCGUGCCAGGUUUAAGGGGUUUGACUGCUCAGGGUCAGUGUAACAACAAGGUCCAAAAUGAAAUCAAAGAAUUCAGUUGUGUGGGGGGUGAGGCUAAGACAUGGGGCACAGUUUUCCAUAAGGACUACUGCAUUUCUGAACACAAGCUGGAUGGACAUGGUGCAUCAGUUUGCGAUUUUGGAUGGGAAGAGCAAGCAAUGCCGAACAGAGGACCCUUUUAUGGCAAAGAUGCUUACAAUGCCUCUGCCGAUCUGUUUGGCAUCUGUCAAAACAGUGUCAGCAUUGUAGAGGAAGGAGACAAAAGGGCAACACCACAAUCAGAAUGCAGGGCAUUGAAGUUUUUGAGGAGCUGUCGUCCACUUGUGGAUGCAUACUGUGGGGAUCAUUCGAUGCCGAUAGAGAAGGUACAUAAACUCAGAACCGACAAGUGCAGGCUGGGAUCAGAAAUUUCUGACCCUCUGGACUUUGUCCCUUUUUCGCAGUCGACUCCCAUUUCAAGAAACCUCAUUCCUGUACGUCGUCUUCCACAUAGAGGCAAAGACCAGACACCCAGCAGACUUACAGUAAGAGGUAACGUGUCAUCAUGGCAUCAUGGAUGCUCCAAAACAGAGUCUGAAAAUACAAAAGAAAAUGUGAGAGACCGUGGCUCUGAAGAUACAGUUCCUUUGUCAAUGGCUAAGAUUAGAUGCUCAUCCACACUACAGAGUCUGACCAGAAGCAUAAAGAGAACUGACCCUGUAGUCAGAUAUCGCUGCAAAAGAAUCCUGUUGGCAAGCAGGGGAAGAAAAUCAUGCAGGAAGAUUCUGAGCAGCAGAAUUGAUAACAUCUGUGAAAACACCAUAGCGACUAAGAUUAGGUGUACCUUAGGCGAUUCAGUGUGUGUUCCAUCUAGCCCAAAGUGGAAGAAUUGUGUUAAAAGUGCACAUUUAGGAAGUGAAGGACAAAGAGUUGCAGAGGUGGCAACCUCCUCUAAAUCUACAGCUAGUGAGAACACCAGUACCUCCCACCUCUGUACUGAUCCGGGCGGUAUGGCCCUUGAUUGGUCUGCUGACCUUUUUGUGGAUUCCUUUGGAAUUUAAUUUGCAGUAAAGAAGAAUCUUGCAGCCUUUGGACAGUUUUUGUCGCUAAUCUCUACAAAUUAUUUAAAGGUAGCAUGGUAAAAUUGUAUUUUAGAGAAUACCCAAGUAUGUGCAUACACUUAAAAAAACAACAAAAAAAAAACCACGCAGAAUCACUUUAUUACUGGGUGUGAGCUUUGAUCAGCUCUUUAUAUUCACAAAUUAUGGAACACAUACAAAGAAACACUAUGACUAAUAUUGAAGCAAAAACUUGGUUAAGUUAAUUAACUGCUUUGACUGGCCAUUAUUUGUAUGCUUACUGACUACAUGGUGAAUGAUAUUCAUUAUUAAACCAAUGUAUUCCAUACGAG